CUAGACGGUGCAUCAAUAAAACGCGACAAAGCAUAGCUGCAUGAGCCGCAUCCGAUCAAUGGCGAAGUCUGCAGACGGUAUCGUCAACCCUAUAGCCUAACGGCUAGCGUGUAGCUAGUCGUACCGUAACAGUAUCUUGCCGGUGAGCAAGAUGGCGGCCAUGCUGCAGAAGACAGAUUCACGCAUAUCUCUGGAAAUACGAACAAAAUCUGUAGAACAGACCCUCGUGCCUCUGGUGACCCAGAUCACAACCCUUGUCAACCAUAAGGAGAGGACUAAAGUCACAGACAAGACUCAGAGAGCUUUGGUCCGAGUUGGGGAGGCAGUCAAUCUCGCAGUCGAGCGCUUCACUACCGUAGGCGAGUCGAUUGCUGUGGAGAACCCAGAAAUCCGAGAUGACAUGUGUGAAGCUUGUCAAGAGGCUAGAAUAGCAGGCUCCAGCAUCCAGACUCUUACAGCUUCAGAGCAGCCCAAUGAUGGCACGCCAAAGGCAGUGGCGGACAAGACCGCAAUGGUACGGGCAGCGAGGCAGCUUUUGUCAGCCAUCACUAAAGUGCUGCUGCUGGCAGACAGGGUGGUGGUCAAACAGUUGCUCAUGGCCAAGGACAAGGUCCUCUUUAGUCUAAACAACUUAGAGGAUGUGUCAAGUUUUCCUGAUUUCGUCUCCGGCUUCACACAGUUUGGGAAGGACAUGGUGGAGCUGGCUCUACUGUCUGGGGAGAGACAAAAUGACCUGAAGAGUGAAAAACACCGUGCACAGAUGGGGUCAGCUCGUGCCAUCCUCGAGAAGUCAACCAUGAUGCUGCUGAGGUCAUCAAAGACCUGCCUCCGCCACCCGGACUCUCAAGCAUCUCAGCGGAACCGCGCCGGUGUCUUUGCCCAGAUCAAGCAGUCACUGAAUCUAGUCCAGCACAUUGUCACUGAUGGUGGCUACUACCCUGUCAACGGUCACACGUCGCCUACCACCAAUGGGGAUUCAGGAAUAGGUCUUGCAGCUGUUCCUAGCACCAGUAGAGCAUUCAAGGAGUUUGAGGAUCAAGUAGAUCUGACACGUGUAACACUGAUUGGCCCAGUCACAGAGGAGAAACUUCAAAGUGCCUUUGAUUUUGUAAUUGACACUGCCCAAGACUUCACUGACUCGGCCUACACAUCCCACAUGAACCGGGAGAAGAUCCUGAGUCUCUCUGAUACCCUCAAGGAUGAGCUGCAGGACCUCCUCAAGGUUGGACAGAGUUUGAAUUCAAAGGACACACUGACACCAACCCAGGAACUUGAAACAGCCAUUUUGAAAACUAUUGAAGCAUCCAAGUCAUUUCGGAAGCAGCUACUGGACACAGCCAUGGACCAGGCAUCAGAGUUGUUCAAGAUGAACGAAGACCAUGAGCUGCUACAGGGUCUGCGUAUCGCUGGCAUGGGUGGAGAUGUGGACCAGGUGGAGGAACUCACCAUCAAGUUUGAGGAACACCAAGAACAGUUGGAGGAGGUAUGCAAGCUGCUGCACCAUCUGGCCUCCACUGACCCACUGGUGAUCACUGCAGAACACAAUGAGUCAUUCCUUCACAGCAUUGGGCCACUGACCCUGUAUGCAGCCCAGACUCUCGCUCAGUACCCCUGCAGUAAGGUGGCCAAGGAAAAUCUGGAGGUGUUCGGAGAUGCCUGGAAGUCACAAAUUAAUGAUCUGUCCAUUCUUGUCAAAGAAGUCAAUGAUGUUUGCCAAGGAAAGAUGGACAAACCAGUAUAUCUUUCUUUACCUCGACCUGGGAGUUCCACUCCACCCCAGAAACAUGGGACUACCGCCAGAUCCUUCAGACCUGCUAAGCUUGAUGCUGAGGAGCAAGCUAAGAUUGCCAAGCUUGGUCUGGAGAUGAAGCUAAUCACUUCGGAGAUGGAUGCUGAGACAGACAAGUGGGAGGAGCCAGACAAUGACAUCGUCAAGCGUGCCAAGAACAUGUCCAGCAUGGCGUUUGCCAUGUACCUGUUCACACGUGGAGAGGGGCCACUCAAGACUACACAGGACCUAUUUGUGCAGGCCGAGUUCUUUGCUGAGGAGGGCAAUAAGCUGUACAAGACGGUCAUGGGUUUUGCUCAGAGGGUGCCCCCGUGCCACCACAAGGAGGAACUGUUGAUAUACCUGGACCGGGUGCCAGUCUUCUGUCAGCAGCUCUCCAUUAGACUUAAAGCGCCAACCUUUGGAAAGACGCCAACCUUCAACAAGGUUGACAGUACUAUCCAGGAAACAAAGAAUCUUAUGAAUGUCAUUGCCAAGGUCGUCACAACAUGCUUUAUUUGUGCCACAAAGUUCAACAUUGACUAUCGUGUAUCGCCCGGUGGGAGUUACAGGUGGCGCUGUCAGUAUGAAGGUUCAAGAUCAAGUGCGGGGAGUGACACAGAUGGUGGAGGCCUCAGCCCACACUCGGAGGGUGGAGCUAUGUUCAGGUCAUCGUCAAUCAGCCCUCACUCUGAAAGCUUGUAUCGAACCUCAUCGUUGUCAAAGUCCCUCAGUACUGAAAAGUCAUGACAGGAGGAGCUUAGUGGCUAGUGAAUCCUUUAUGUCUGCUAGGUGGCGCUUCUGCAGUCCACAAAAGUCAAACACAAAUAAAAAAAACGUGGACUAAAAACAAUGAGAUCAGUGGAAUAUUCCUGCAGUUUUACAGCCCUUACAAGACUGAGGUUUCACAAUUCAUGGAAAUAUUGUUUGAUUGGUAAUUGCAAUGUAUGAAUUGAUAUUUAUUUAAGUUGGUGCCAUUUGUGAUGUUGCAAAAUGAAAUUGUUCCUUUUCAAAUUUUCUUGUAAUGAACUACGCAAUCAAUUUUGGGGCAUUUCUCAAUGCUUGUAAAUUUACUCUAAGAAAAGUGUUCAUGAAUAUUUAUCAUUUGGAAAUGGAUGCAACCAGAGCAUCCAAUCUAUUCAAACCUGCUUGAUAUUACAAUUGAUGUGUGAUACUGUACACUCAUACCCUCUAUGUUUUCAAAGUUCAAAAUUUUUGCAUUAGAGUAUAGUGAGUUAGGACAGCAUAGUGGUGCAUUUACAACCAAAAUUAUAUCAAAAUAAAAAUGUGAUUAAUGGCUGUCGUUUUUAUGAAAGCUUUAUGAGCAUUAUUUUACUGCUGGUAUCAAAAGUUUAUGAUGUUAUUUAUUUGAGCUUUAAAUUUUCAUCCCUCAUUUAAUGUAUGUAGACGUGUUCUCAUAAUAUACAUUUUUUUAUAAAGAAUUAUUGUGGGACCUCAUUAAUUAAACAUUGUGCUUAUUUUGCAUUAAAUACAGUGAAAUUCAUUACUCCAGACAGUUUUGGCAUCAUUACAAUGUUGUAGUGGACAAAUAAUAAACAUGGAUUAUCGUGAAAUUCUUUGUUGAAAACUGGCUAAGUUACCAGGAAUAAAGUCCAGAUUAACGAGGUUCCAUUUUGCCAUGUGUGUUUCAUAAUAAGGUGACUGAUUGUUGGUGUGCAAAUUCAGUAUUGUUUUGAAAGUAACAUGCAUUUCAUGUAAAGCUUUUUGUGAAGACUAUUUGUACAAACCCAGUUUGAUGGUCACAGUGUACUGCUGUUUGUGUCAAUCUCUACAGCUGAUAUCUAGCUUUAUGAAAAAAAUCGAUUACAGGUUAGCAAUUUAUUUUUGUAUUUUAUGUAUAUAAAUAUCAUAACUUACAGUGUCAAAGUAUUAAGAAAACCAAUUCACAUUAUGGUAAUACAAGUAUGGUCCUUUUGUGAUUAAAGUUGGACAAGUCAAAAUGGUAGUAUUUCAUGGAUCUGGUUUUAUUUUUUUUGUUUAUUGUCAUUUUAUUUGACAAUUUUAGAGUCUGUUAUAUAUUACAUUUUAAGAGUGAUUGACAUAAGGAAUGGCAACACAAGAUAUAUCUCAAUGUCUCUUCCUGGCUGUAAAGAAAUGUUUCUCUGCUUAUAAUAAUGAGACAACCAAUCAUGGCAGAAAGAUUUUUAUUUGUGCAUUAAUGUUUUAACUUUUCAGCAGCUAGGUUUAAUCUUUUGCUGUCCUUUUUAGGAUUAAGUGCUUGUCAAUUUUACAAUACAGAUGAUACUUCUCAAACAUUUUAUGAAAAUAUCUGUCCAUUAAAUGUUUUCUGUUAUAAAACAAUCCAUAUCAAUCUCAAAAUAUCAAUAUUAAACAAUGCACUUGUCAAAUGCAAGGAAACUUAUAAGAGCAGAUAUUGUGGAGUAUCUAUUUUUACAGCGAUAUUCUUGACUUGUAAAUAUUCACAAAUCUUCCUGAAUUCCAUGCUCUUGCUUCAAACUGUCACCGCAUUUCUGUGAUAACCAAAAUGCUGAACUAAUAUAAGAUGCUACUUGUUGAAAAGCAUAUUUGCAUGAGAUAAUAUUCCAGUCGCAUGUUUGUAUUAAUGUUGUUAAGUGUUGUAAACUUAAUCUAAGCCAGUGAUCGCAAGCAAGAGGACUUUGACCCCACUGCUUCGAACUUGGCAAUGAUGGGGAUUAUUUAACAAGGCAGUGAUUUCUGUAAACGAGUUGAUACAUUUUUUAACUUUAGCUGAUGCCAACAAAUUAAGACUUGAAUGUAGUAACUGUUGCUAUGGUUAACUGCUUCAAUUUGUGUUUUUAUCACUCUCCACACAUAAGUCAUCUGUAUCUUUUGAUAAAUUAUCUUGAAAUGUAGCUAAUAUGAAUUUAUAUGUAAAGUAGGUAGAGUAAUUGGUUGCCUUAAGGAUAUGAUCCUGCUUGUUCUACUAGUGUUUGUUAGUCAGUUUGUCAAGUAGGUUGAUCGUGUUUGGAUGAUCAAAGUGAAAGUUAUUUUAUCAAUGUUUAGCAGCAGGCAGUUUAACUUUAUGAUGAUGCAAUGAGCAAUUUGUGCCAACUUGGAGAUUACACAUUUUCUGGUGAUUUCCUAUGUGGAGAGAGGUUGUAUUCAAAAGGUAACCGCCAUUAAUUGGCAAUACCUUGUAUGAUAACAUUGCCAGAGACACUUGCACAUAUGUACAUACAAGCAUACAGUCCUUCAUCCUGUGUUCAUCAGUGUUCAGGUGUUGUCAAGAGGUUUAGCGCAGCAGUGAUUGUCUUAUCCUGAGAUUUCAAUACCACGUGAUUUUUGCGAGGUAACCCCUAUUUUCCUACUGUCUUAUCAAGGAACUGAGUUCUCAUCCCUUGCAGGACUGUUUUGAGUCUGUGAUACACAUUGAUGUCAUAAAUGAACCUUUAAGUAGAGCUUAAUGGAUUAUGAAUUCAAAAUGAAUGUCACUUAUAUUUUCAGUUAGCAUUUUAUUUCUGAAAAUAACAGAAUUGUGUCUAAGAAAAUGGCAUUUUUAUUCAUCAUUGUACAUUGCUUGUAGUUAGAAAUCUUUCUGACAAUUGAAAUUGGUUGUUUGUUCUGUAGGGAAGUAGUGGUAGAUGUUGUCUUCAUGAGAGCUGGUUGUAGAGAAAAUUCAACUUUUAUCAUGAUUGGGUGGUGCAGGAGGUUUUGACUGCAUUGUUGCUUGUUACAGAUUAAAUUCAGACCUAUCAUUUUAAAGUGGGAAAGUGGAUAGUCCAAUGUGGAUGAUGUCUUUGAGGUUUGAUUUAAUAAGUUUUAAUGUGAACUUAUAAAUGUGAAUGUACAAACAGCUGUUCAGUCUCAGUGUUAGAGUAGGAAUGCAUUUGUCCGAAUCAUCAAGUUGUCAUGGUGACCCAUGUUGAUAGUGUUGCUUCCACAUGCCUGAUGGAAAACCUCAGAAAUGUUUUACUUGUCAAAACAACAUUGUCUAAGAGACACUUAUUUCAAUGUGUACAUAGUAUUUCUUUCAGUGUUGUGUGAAACUCAGCAAGUCAUUGAGAAUGUACUUGGUAAUGUGCAUCGGUGAAAAUGUGCCGUGUAAGAAUUCUGUGGAGAUAUAAUUAAUGUUUCCUUGUUUAAUGCAAUGUAGUUCACCUCAGGUUUGCCCAUACUUUUGUACAUUUUUUUCUUGCAUUAAGAAAAUCCCAUUUAUCAUCACAUAUUAUGUAUCCAAUCUGAUCUAAAUACAUUUUACUCACAUAUAAUAUUUGCUAUAUCUUUUGUACAAUAUUAUUUCAGUAUUUAAUACGAGGUGUAGUCAUAUAGACGCUUUUCUCCCAUCAUGCACCUGUAGCUUGAAGGAGAAGUGAACAAGGCCCCUUGUACGACAGGUAAUCAAGUUCACAACUCUGUAUGGAGGAGUCUUAGUGCUCUGAUUGCAUUGUAAACUGGGGCUCUGAAGAAUACAGGGGUUGUAGUAAGAUGUCAAACAGUCCAUGUGAAGGAUUCAGACUAGAGAAAUCUCAUGUUAAGACUCAUUCAGGAAUUAACAGUUACUGCAAUGAAAGGUCUCAGUGAUGUUAUGGCUGUAAUGAUCAGGAUAAGAUUAUUAUGAAUAACUUCAUAUAAGCACUGAAAAUCUACUGCAUCUUGAGACAUCUUACAACAACUCUGUACCCUGCUUUUAUAGUCUAGUCAAUGCUAUUGGAUUGCCAAUAUUUAUAGCUGUGUAACGUAGUACAGGCAGCACAUAUACCUACUUGUGUCAGUAGUCAGGUGUGACUGUUGAAUGUAUGGAUGAACAGGGGGAUGAAAGGUUGUAGUCAUGUCACCCAUGCUGGUGUACAAUACUUUUGUGGAUAAUAUGUAUAUUUGAAACUAUGCCCACAUGCCACCUUACAGUCAUGGUGCACCUGCUGACUCCAUAACAUGUAGUCAUAUGACAGUCAUGGUGCACCUGCUGACUCCAUAACAUGUAGUCAUAUGACAGUCAUGGUGCACCUGCUGACUCCAUAACAUGUAGUCAUAUGACAGUCAUGGUGCACCUGCUGACUCCAUAACAUGUAGUCAUAUGACAGUCAUGGGGCACCUGCUGACUCUAUUAAAUGUAGUCAUAUGACAGUCAUGGUGCACCUGCUGACUCCAUAACAUGUAGUCAUAUGACAGUCAUGGAGCACCUGCUGACUCCAUAACAUGUAGUCAUAUGACAGUCAUGGUGCACCUGCUGACUCCAUAACAUGUAGUCAUAUGACAGUCAUGGUGCACCUGCUGACUCCAUAACAUGUAGUCAUAUGACAGUCAUGGUGCACCUGCUGACUCCAUAACAUGUAGUCAUAUGACAGUCAUGGUGCACCUGCUGACUCCAUAACAUGUAGUCAUAUGACAGUCAUGGUGCACCUGCUGACUCCAUAACAUGUAGUCAUAUGACAGUCAUGGAGCACCUGCUGACUCUAUAACAUGUAGUCAUAUGACAGUCAUGGUGCACCUGCUGACUCUAUUAAAUGUAGUCAUAUGACAGUCAUGGUGCACCUGCUGACUCCAUAACAUGUAGUCAUAUGACAGUCAUGGAGCACCUGCUGACUCCAUAACAUGUAGUCAUAUGACAGUCAUGGUGCACCUGCUGACUCCAUAACAUGUAGUCAUAUGACAGUCAUGGAGCACCUGCUGACUCUAUUAAAUGUAGUCAUAUGACAGUCAUGGUGCACCUGCUGACUCCAUAUCAUGUAGUCAUAUGACAGUCAUGGAGCACCUGCUGACUCUAUAAAAUGUAGUCAUAUGACAGUCAUGGAGCACCUGCUGAUUCAAUAACAUGUAGUCAUGGAGCACCUGCUGACUGUAUAACAUGUGGUCAUGGUGCACCUGCUGACUCCAUAACAUGUAGUCAUGGAGCACUUGCUGACUCUAUAACAUGUAGUCAUGGUGCACCUGCUGACUGUAUAACAUGUAGUCAUGUGACAGUCAUGGUGCACCUGCUGACUCAAUAGCAUGUAGUCAUGUGACAGUUAUGGAGCACCUGCUGACUCUAUAGCAUGUAGUCAUGUGACAGUCAUGGGGCUGUGGUUGUUUUUUGAGGUUAUGGCGGGGUUAGAUGUCUCUGACCGUAAAACCACAUGUACGAAUAUUAGAAUUUAAAUAAGGCUCUUGUUGAUUUUCAUUGAUUUUUUGUAGCUUUUACUUCAAGAAGUUGUGUACAUGUGACUACAAAUAUUUACAUGUACACAUUCAUGUUGCAUUUAGUCUUGAAGGCAGGUUCUUUUUCUCAAACUUUGUAGUAUGUUGUCAUGGAAUUUACACUGAAAAUUCUUUUGAAUCCAUAUCCUUUCAAGGUUGUCAAUCAGAUUUAUUGAUUUUGUUAUGAUCAGCAGCUUUGUUGUAUAUUCAGUCACUCUAUCAAGAGACCUUUGUUCAUGUAUGUUCGAUUAUCGCUGACAUCUUUGUAUCUUUGGGUGUUGCAUUGUUCUUGGAAGUCAAAUCAUGAAUUUAUUCCUUGAUAUUUUGAUAAUCUAAUGCUUGUGAAAGCUUUAACCAACCUUCCCCAGCAUUCCGGAUUGUGUUAGAGUAUAGAGGUUGCUAGCUUGAUUGUAGAUGGCGCUACCAAUACAUUAGGGCGAUACAUGCAUGUGUGCAUACUGGCUCCAGGCUUUUAGCUGGUGAUCUGUUAUCAGCUGGAAGAUAGGUGUCUCCUCUUGGUUGUAAAAUUACCACAAAUUGUAAAUAUUUGUGAAAAUGUCACAUUUUUAACAGAUGAGAGUUGUGUGCUUGUGGGUAUAGCUUUGAAAUUACACUGUUUUUUUCUGUUAUGAUAUAGAAAACUGUAAACCAGGGGGAGAUAACUUGUUGAAAGCAGUGUGCUAUCACAAAGCAGUUUGUAACUGGUUUGACCAGGAAGCUUCAUUACAAUAUUAUGAGCUCUCCCUCUUAUGAUCUUGUCUUCAGUCCUUAACAUUAACCCCUCUGCUGAAAACAGUCAUGUGAAUCAAACUUUAUGCCGAAUCAAAUACCAAAAGAUUUGUUAUUAAUGUUACUCAAGCUUUUGUAAUUUCUGUAUUCAUACAUUUCAGUACAUAUGUUUCAUAAAAUAUGAAAAUCCUAUUUCUUCAGUAUUUCCUUUACAUUUUCAGAUGAUAAUUAUGUUAUUACUAAAUGAGAAAAAUGCUACAUAAUGUCAGAAAAAGUAAGUGUAUGCAUCCGUGAUGAUUACACUCUUCCAUUUAUACAUGUGGCCUUGUGAGAGCAUUGUUACAUAGACUUUGCAUUUACUCUGUAAUCACAAAUUUUAUUUUAUUUUUGUACGUUGUAUUACUACAAAAAUAUACAGAUCUUUUGUCAUUUAUUUCCCAUUAGUUUCCUGAACCAGAAAUCCUGUUAUUGGAAAUAUACAUAACCAUAUAAUAUAAGAAAAAUGUUUGUGACUACACUGGAUUUUUUAUUUGUUUUAAACUUUAAAGCAGUGUCAAUAUGAAAAAUAACCCAACUAAAUAUGUUCAAUCAUGUUUUCUAAUUAUUUUUGUUCUAUGGUUGAUAAUGUCAAAGUAUUGAGUUCACUAUGUCAUCUACCUCAGGUAUGUUGAAAACAUUACAGACUAUGAAGUUGUCCUCGUCCCAGGUAAUCUUCCUUUGUUUACAUAUACUGAAAUAUUUUAUUGUUCAUUUCUAUCUUUAUUUCUGUUUGGUUCCAUGUAUGUUGGUAGGUUUCUGGUGGUUGUACAAAGUGUACAUUGACACUAUGGUGCUAUUUUGUUUUCUCCCUUUCCUGUGUAGUAUGCUGGGAGGAAUCUUCUUCCCUUAUUGAGCGUGUUAGGUCAGGAAGGACAGGUUCAUACAGGAGACCAGCUUGGUUCAACUGCUGUGGAAAACAACACAAAAGCAGAGAAGUCAUGGAAAUCGAUGCUACUUUUAAUUUUUGUUACAUCAAUCUUUUCUUUCAAGGCAUGUCUUUUUUCUGAAUUUGUUUUUGAAUUCUACUUUCUCAGAACAUGGUGGAAGGUCAUUCUUCAUUGGAAUAUGAAAAUGUAGAAAUGUUUCUCGAGUCAACGUUGAGCUAGCUGUCCUGUCAGAAAGUUGAUUUUAAUUUUGUUGUUUUUCAUCCAUUAUUUCUAUUUUAUUUGGUCAGUAUGUCAGAAAGAGGACUACUUUUGUCUGUUUUAAUGACCCAUGUUAUUUUUAGAAUAAUGCCUUUUUAAAAAAUUGUUUUUAUGAUGUUAACCUCAGUAAGCUACUUCAGCUUUCUGUCUUCAGUAUUUACACAAGUCAGCAAAUGUCUCCUGUAGGAAGUCUGCCCAGACAGCAUCAGUGUGUUUUGAGUGCGGCUGUUGUGUUGUACGAUAUGUGUGAUUCUCUCUGCUGUCACCAGAUGGCAGCACAGCCUUCCCUUUGUUGGCUCAUUUCAUGGUCAAAGCAAAUAAAACAUGUAUGAAAAUA